CUCAUGUUUCCUUCCACAAAUCAGUUUCCCAGAAACCAAACACUCUCUCUCUUAACUCCUUAAUUAUCGGAUUUCAACCAACAACUACACUAUCAUCAGAUCAGAUGUCUCUCAUCUCACAACUCUACCCCACCACCACCGCCGACUCGGCCGCCGCCGUCUACUCACAACUCGUCCCCCAACCAGGUGAUGAUCAACAGCAGGAGAAAGUGAAACCUGCAGCGCGGCGAAGGAGAAAGAAGAACAAAGACGGGUCGUCGGGUUCGUCGUCCAGCGGGUGGCCGAAGAAGAGGAAGCUGAGUGACGAGCAGGUGACGAUGCUGGAGCUGAGCUUCGGCAACGAGCACAAGCUGGAGUCGGACCGCAAGGACAGGCUGGCGGCGGAGCUGGGGCUGGACCCGCGCCAGGUGGCGGUCUGGUUCCAGAACCGGCGGGCCCGAUGGAAGAACAAGAAGCUGGAGGAGGAAUACUCCAAGCUCAAAGCCGCUCACGACCGUAACGUUCUUGAUAAAUGCCGCCUUGAGUCCGAGGUUUUGAAGCUGAAAGAGCAACUAUCGGAGGCCGAGAAGGAGAUUCAGCAGCUGUCGUCGUCAACUGACGUGGCGGCCGGCAGCAACAGCCCGAGCUCGUCGAUGACGAUGGAAGCCAUGGAAUAUCCGCCACCGGCGCCGGCGUUUCUCGGAGGAGGAGGAGGAGGAGGAGGGGGAGCAAUGUUUGGAGUCGUUGAAAGCUAUGAAGAUGUGUUCUACGACUUGGCGCCGGAGGCGACUUACGUUGUCAACGGGAUGGAAUGGAUGUACAUGUGAAUUAGCAAAUACUACUGCUUGUGAUCUCAAAAAAUAUUAACGAGAUUCAUUAUUAACGUACGUAAUUAACUAUCAUUAGUGAGUAAUUAGUUUUAAUUAAAUGUUUCUAGGAUCUAUAUGUAUCAUUGUAGAUAUAGCUAAGCUAGCUACCAACCAAGUACUGAUCAUGAUGUUGAUGAUCUCUCCCUCUCUCUCUCUCUCUCUCUCUCUCUCUCAUGUAAAUAUUCUUUCUCUCUCUCUCUCUCUCUCUCAUGUAAAUAUUCUUUCUCUCUCUCUCUCUCUUCGAUCGUACUCUUGUAGUAAUUAACGAAAGUAAUUAGUUUCCUCUCAUCUUAGUUGUCCUUUUCCUCCUUUUGAUCGGGUUUCGUGCAUGUGAUUGUGUGGGGAGGGGGAACUAAUAACUAAUUGUUAAUUAGUUUAUAUGUUAAGGACUAAUUAAAUGUUAAUAAUGUA